AUGGCUGAGAUCAGGGGCCUCUUCGACUCCGCAUCGAAGAAGAAACCACUCAGGAUGCCUGACGGAAUUCAGGCAGUGAAGCGUGUUUGGAGGAACAUGAGGGAUGACCUCAAAAGAAAAAGAGAUGGGAAGAUAGAGCAGCAUCGUCGCAAAAAUAAAGAGGCCAAACGCAAAAGAGAUAAGUUGAAGAGCAGACUGGUCCAGGUCGAAAGGGAUACAUAUUUCACGAAGGAGGAGAAGAGGUCAAUCAGGAAGGCAUUCACGGUCGAGUCGAUGUCUCCGGAAGUAACAGAUGACGAGGACGAAACAAGGAGGGUGUCUAUUCCAUUUCAGUGGGAGUCGUCCAAGAUGACGGAAAUCAAGAGGGAAAUGGACAAAGACUACCGUAAAGCCUUGACAGCCCAGUCACGCAGACAGAAGGCUUCCGUCAACAGGAGCUCUACUCAAGUAAUGAGAACAUCUCCUCCCAAGGAUAUUCCUAGCUGGGCUGUGUCCUCCACCUAUCAGGGCUGA